AUACUUAUUAGGACAAGAAUUGUUUUAGCUGAUUCACAAUCGUUUCCCUUCGUUAAUGAGCUUUCUUCGGGUAACCCUUUUGCAUUCUUUCUCUCGGGCAAAAUGUCGCGGGAUCUUCCGGCAAAUGUCGUGGGAUGUUUAGCCAUCCGCGACAUAAAGGAGGGGAUGACGCAAUCCUGCGCGUGGGAAUCAAACGUGGUGUGUACGGGUGUUGAGUUGAACCGACCAUUUCCGGGUGAUUUCCGGUCUGAUCACUCGCGAGUUCCGGGAAAUGGCUCUUUUCGAGGGUCUGGUUUACGGGUCGGUGUGAUUUUUUGGUGUACGGGGGUUGUUCGAUGAUAAAAGCAACCUAAAAACCAGCAAUUAGCCAAAACUCAACAUCUUCACUUGAUAACCACAGCAUGGGGGAUUCAAUUACCAAAAGAUUGGUUAUCAAGGCAUCGAAUAAUUACGAUUUUGCCAAUUCAACGGUUGUCCCGGUCAAUUGCAAUCAGCCAGUUCAAAUUGAGUCAGAAAUCGGCUUAUUCUCGUUGUCGGUCAGUAUAAAAAAUUUUGAUGGUUCAAUUCCCCAUAAAUCAAAUAGUUUAUAUAAUGUGGGUGAUAAAACUUACUUGGAUGGUUCUUCUUAUGACAAUCUGGAUAUGGCAAAUGAUGUUUUACCGAAUUUAAGAUUAAACAUAACUUUUAAACCAAAAUAUCCAAUUAAAGGUUCGGAUUUAUUAUUCGGUAAUGAUUUUUUGGUUCCAAUUAAAGAUUAUAUUCCAACGACUUUAUUGGCAACUGGUCUCAAAUUCUUUACUUGGUUUAUCAAUAAAACAGUGAAAGGUGAUAUCUACUGCGAUAAACCUUACUUAUACGGUUUGGCCUUGAAUAGUUUUACAUUUAUGUCAAUUAAAGAUCGAUCAUCAAAUCAUGUGGGCGAGGUUAUCGAUGGUAAUGAAGACAAGGCUCCAGAUUUGACUAAUUUCGUCGAAAAUUUGAAUGAUAAUAUCGAUAAUAUACUUAAAAUUCCUGCAAAAUCUUUAGAACGGAAAAAAUUCUUUACUAAUCUUUCAAAUUGUGAAAAUUUCGUCUUUAAUGAGUCAACUAAUUAUCAAAUCCAAUUCGAUUCUGACUAUUUGAAACUAGCCGAUUCGAAAUACGCCGUAAGUAUCCCGACUUUUGGUAAUAAAACCUUCGACUUGAAUGUCUCGGGUUACGCUAAUGACGUUCUUGAUAACUUCAAUUGGACUAUAAAACAGGGUGGUUAUGACGGUGUUGGCUGUGGGAAACUGGGCUUGAUUUUAAAUUUCGCUCUACUCAAUGAAAGCUAACUUAUUUAUUGUUGUUCUUAUAUACUGGUUAUAUACUUGAGACUUAUACACUAUAUAUUCUAAUAUGAUUCUAUUUCUUUAUUAAA